AUGGAUAAGGAUGGACAAAGGCGCAGAUGGGGAUACUGGUGGAUUGCUUUGUGUUUGCUGAUGCAUUGUGAUCAGCCUGUUUCUGCACAGAUCAGAUAUUCUAUUCCGGAGGAGGUGAAAGAGGGAUCACAAGUGGGAAAUAUUGCUAAGGAUCUCGGUCUUGAUGUCAGUUCGUUAGAGCACAGACGAUUCCGUAUUGUUUCUGGAUCUAAGGACAGUUUUUUCAAGAACGACAACGUUCCAGUGAUCUUAUAUCCAGUCAGCGCUAACGGUUCUGCUGAGGGUGUGGAAGAGAUUCCCCGUAAUGUGAACGCAGGUCAUUUGGAAGUUAGUGACCACAGUCUCUUUGGUUUGGACCGCUACACAGGACAGAUAAGGACCCUUCGCUCAUUCACAGAAACAGACGAGGCCCUGCAUAAACUGCUUAUACUGGUCAAAGACAAUGGGAAUGUUUCACUCUCAGCAACAGCGACUGUGAUUGUCAAAGUUGUGGAGCCCAAAGAGGCUUUUGCAGCUUCUGAUAUUAAAAAUGUUGUAAAAGACGAGGAGGAAAACAACAGCUUUGACUUUGAAACUGCUAAAACGUUCCAGUUCCAUGUUCUCGCUACAGACUCUGGAACUCCGUCUCUGGGCAGUAACGUGACAGUGAACGUGUUUAUUCUGGAUCAGAACGACAACGUUCCAGUGAUCUUAUAUCCAGUCAGCGCUAACGGUUCUGCUGAGGGUGUGGAAGAGAUUCCCCGUAAUGUGAACGCAGGCCAUUUGGUGACUAAAGUCAGAGCCUAUGACGCAGAUAUAGGAUACAACGGCUGGUUAUUAUUUUCACUGCAGGAAGUUAGUGACCACAGUCUCUUUGGUUUGGACCGUUACACAGGACAGAUAAGGACCCUUCGCUCAUUCACAGAAACAGACGAGGCCCUGCAUAAACUGCUCAUACUGGUCAAAGACAAUGGGAACGUUUCUCUCUCAGCAACUGCGACUGUGAUUGUCAAAGUUGUGGAGCCCAAAGAGGCUUUUGCAGCUUCUGAUGUGAAAAACACAGUAAAAGACGAGGAGGAAAACAACGUCACAUUUUAUUUGAUCAUCACUUUGGGCUCGGUUUCAGUGCUUUUUGUCAUCAGCAUAAUCGUGUUGAUUGCAAUGCAGUGCUCUAAAUCGACAGACUAUUCGUCCAAGUAUUUACAGGAUACAAAUUACGACGGGACUCUGUGUCACAGCAUCCAGUACAGAUCUGGAGACAAACGGUACAUGUUAGUUGGACCCAGAAUGAGUAUCGGCUCUACUAUAGUCCCGGGCAGUAAUGGAAAUACUCUAGUGAUCCCAGAUCGCAGGAGGAGAGAUUCUGGAGAGCAGGUUUCAGCUCAGAUAAGAUACUCUGUUCCAGAGGAGGUAAAAGAGGGUUCCGUUGUAGGAAAUAUUGCUAAGGAUUUGGAUCUUGAUGUCAGUACAUUGGUGGACAGGCGAUUCCGUAUCGUUUCUGGAUCUAAGGAUGCUCCUUUCCAGUUUCAGGUGUUGGUUACAGACUCUGGAACUCCGUCUCUGAGCAGUAACGUGACAGUUAACGUGUUUAUUCUGGAUCAGAACGACAACGUUCCAGUGAUCUUAUAUCCAGUCAGCGCUAACGGUUCUGCUGAGGGUGUGGAAGAGAUUCCCCGUAAUGUGAACGCAGGUCAUUUGGUGACUAAAGUCAGAGCCUAUGACGCAGAUAUAGGAUACAACGGCUGGUUAUUAUUUUCACUGCAGGAAGUUAGUGACCACAGUCUGUUUGGUUUGGACCGCUAUACAGGACAGAUAAGGACCCUUCGCUCAUUCACAGAAACAGACGAGGCCCAGCAUAAACUGAUCAUACUGGUCAAAGACAAUGGGAACGUUUCUCUCUCAGCAACAGCGACUGUGAUUGUCAAAGUUGUGGAGCCCAAAGAGGCUUUUGCAGCUUCUGAUGUGAAAAACACAGUAAAAGACGAGGAGGACAACAAUGUGACAUUUUAUUUGAUCAUCACUUUGGGCUCGGUUUCGGUGCUUUUUGUUAUCAGCAUCAUCGUGCUGAUUGUAAUGCAGUGCUCUAAAUCGACAGACUAUUCGUCCAAGUAUUUACAGGAUACAAAUUACGACGGGACUCUGUGUCACAGCAUCCAGUACAGAUCUGGAGACAAACGGUACAUGUUAGUUGGACCCAGAAUGAGUAUCGGCUCUACUAUUGUUCCUGGCAGUAAUGGAAAUACUCUAGUGAUCCCAGAUCGCAGGAGAAGAGAUUCUGGAGAGGAUCGAAUUCACUAUGAGGGUUAUUUUAUCUUCUGA